AUGGUUUCACACGCGUCGUCAUUUAUUGAAAAUGAAAUGUUAAGAGGAAAAGGACGAAUCGAAGUCAUAUUCGGACCCAUGUUUUCGGGUAAAACAACGGAAUUGAUUAGGCGAAUACGUAGAUAUCAAUUGGCAAGAUUUAAAUGUCUCGUUUUUAAAUAUGCCGGUGAUAAUAGGUAUUCGAAAAAUGACGUUGCCACACACGAUUGUAACACGUUCGCAGCAAUAUCGUGCACCUUGCUGGAAGGACAAUUUUUUUCAGAUUUGAUACCAUUCAGCGAAUCCCUAGCGAACGUGGGUAAAAUAGUCAUAAUAGCAGCUUUGGACGGAACGUAUCAGAGAACGGCGUUCGGAGACAUAUUGAAAUUGGUACCGCUUUCCGAAAACAUAAUCAAAUUAAAUGCCAUUUGCAUGGUGUGUUACAACACGGCCGGAUUCACGAAAAGGAUAACGAACGAAAAGGCGGUGGAAUUGAUCGGAGGAACGGAUAAAUACAUGGCGGUGUGCAGAGAAUGUUAUCACAUGAAAAAAAAUUCUACGAAAAACGAGUAUGAAAAAUCACCAUUGAAGAAACCAUUGAUCGAAAAUAAUAAUUAA